AGAUGAUGCUAUGGUGCCAGUCUAGCUGAAACAAAAUAGCAUCUCUUCAGAAUGGCGGAAUUAACAGAAAGUCGACCACCGUGUGCUGGGUGUAAACGGAAAAUUUUGGAUCAGGAAUUCAUACAAGCCCUAAGCACUGAAUGGCAUACGUGGUGUUUCAGGUGUUCAGCGUGUCGGCAGCUGCUGCAGCACUGGUACUUCGAGAAGGAAGGACGGCUGUACUGCCGCAGCGACUACUGGUCGCGCUUCGGGGAGUCCUGCCACGGAUGCCUGGACCUCAUCACAGGCCCUGUCAUGGUGGCGGGCAAUUACCGCUUUCAUCCCGAGUGUUUCCAGUGUGUCAACUGUGACAGCCACAUCGAAGACGGAGACACGUACGCGCUCGUCGAACGAUCGAAACUCUAUUGCAUCGACCUGUGUCCAGAGCUGAUGUCCUUGCACAUUGGGGAUCGAAUAUUGGAGGUGAAUGGAACACCUGUAAAGGAGCACUUGAUAGAUGAGCUCGACGCGGUGAUCAGGAGCGCGAACAACACAUUGUUGCUGACGGUGGAGCGGGAUCCGAACAGACGCCGUGGAGAGUCGAACGGCAACGCGAGUUCCGAGGAGAACCUUCUCGUGCAGAGUCCGGAAGAUGACGAACCGCCCGAAGAGGCACAGCAGAUGCCCGGCGGGACGAAGCAGAAGAAGCUGUUGCUGAGAGCGUCUGCCACGCAGCCGAUGCUGGACACAAUGAGCCUUGACAGAUGCCGCAGCGGUAACCGUGGCAACCAUCGCAAGCGGCCGUCGUCGCUGCCUAGAAGCCCUAGUCUGGAUAGUGAGGUCCCACCGUCCCUGCGAGGGAGCCAGGACCCGCUGCGCGUCUCACAGUCAUUCCGCUCCGAUUCCAACAAGCGGAGCAAGAUAUUCCGGCCGUCGGAUCUCAUCGUAGGAGAGGAGCUCGGGCGGGGCUUCUUCGGUCACGUGUACAAGGUGACACAUAAGGAGACUGGAGAGCUCAUGGUGCUCAAGGAACUGUAUCGGUUUGAUGAUGAAGCACAGAAGAACUUUCUCAAAGAGGUGUCGGUCAUGAGACAACUGAUUCAUCCGAAUGUACUCAAGUUCAUGGGAAUUCUCUACAAAGACAAGCGUCUCAUCUUAGUCACAGAGUACGUCGCCGGGGGAACGGUGAGAGGUCUCCUCGAGGACCGGCAACGCUACAAGCAUCUACCGUGGCCAACGCGACUCCGAUUCUCACGCGACAUCGCUUCCGGAAUGGCCUACCUCCACUCAGUCAACAUCAUUCAUCGCGACCUCAACACUCACAACUGCCUCGUCCGCGAGGACAUGUCCGUCGUCGUCGCAGACUUCGGUCUGUCUCGCGUGGUCGCCGCCGUAGACAUGAAGGUAGCAGCGCCCCCUAGCUACAACAACAACAACAACAACAAUGCGGCGACCGCAGCGAUGGCCGCCUGCCGCAGAAAGUCGCUGGCGAAGAGAAAAAAGCGGUAUACAGUUGUGGGGAAUCCUUACUGGAUGGCUCCAGAGAUGCUAUCUGGUAAAUGCUACGAUGAAAAAGUCGAUAUAUUCUCCUUUGGAAUAAUCCUCUGUGAGAUUAUUGGGCGCGUACAAGCCGACCCUGACUACCUGCCGAGGAAACAUGACUUCAGUCUGAACGAAGAGGCCUUCCUAUCUAAGUUCUGCAAGGAUUGCCCCGCACCAUUCUACAAGCUAGCGUUCAGUUGCUGUGGCCUAGAUGCAGAGAAAAGGCCUCCAUUUGAGAAAUCUGCCGAGUGGGCGGAGGCCAUCUUGGAUAACCUUGAGAACGACAUUCCGCUUCCAUUGGAGCUCUGCUCGGAGCGACUGUCGUACGGUGGCCCGGACGACGCGAGCUCAUUGGCUGCCAGUCCGGUCGCCGUGGCAACUCCCGCAAAAGCGUUGCAUUGUAUAGCCGAAGCGCACGGUGCGGCGUCGCCUGAAGAUUGUGUCACGACCCGUGCAUGCGGGCAGGACGGCGAGUCACCGUCGGUGUGAUGACCGACAGCGAUCUUACGGCGUUAAACCGUGUAGUUAUGAAUUUAGUCUGCGGCGUGUCUAUGCCGAGGACAAAUUUAUGAUCGCCACGUGCUGACGGGGCGUCAGUCUAUGAAGCGUCGUCUGCCACGCUUCUCUGCCGACGAUGACAGAAACUGCUGCGGCCGUGGCACGACUGUUACGCCACCUGCUGGACAGGGGGAGCGAUAUUGUGCGUGAAUGCGGCAGGUAACGCCAUAGUGCGGAACAUGUUUGUAAUCAUGGGAUCAACUUUUCUACACGUACCGAUUCUGUAUGUGUAGCAUGAAUCUUUGUUGAAGGUAUAUAUUUUAGAUGUGAUUUCCACAGUACAAGCGCAAGUAAUGUUUGAAUCGAAACAGGUACGUGACUGGCUAACGUCAAUUUGAACGCCUUUUCUCUUUUCCCUUUAUUCGUCAUUCGCUGAGUGAAAGGAGAACUGGAGUGACUUCACUGCCAAAGGUGGUGGCUUGUUACAACAGUAUAUUACCAUCUGCAUAUCACAAUGUAUUAUUUCCUAUUGCAUCAGCCAGUGUGUUGAGCUACUGAAGUGAAUUAUUCAUGCAUGAAUUAUGCAUGAUUUAUAUUGGGCGAUUUGCCUUAUGAAAACUGCCUUUUUUCAUUAAGUGGGGUUCAGCUACUAUAUGGUAAAUGUGUCUCCAUGCCUACCUGACAUUCAGUACACUUAGGUGACUGGCCAUUCCAUCGUAUAUAUGUAUGUAUAUAUAUAUAUAUAUAUAUAUAU